AUGUCGCUGGAAUUUUUGAAGUUUGUAUCGCGAAGAUCGACAGUGUACUCGCACAAGGGAAUGGUUGCGUCGACUCAGCCGUUGGCCAACUCCGUGGGGUUGAAAAUUCUCAACAUGGGUGGGAACUGUGUUGAUGCGGCGAUAGCUGUUUCAGCCGCAUUGUGUGUCAGCGAGCCUGCGUCAACGGGUAUUGGCGGCGACUGCUUUGCGCUUUACUUCAAACUCGACGAUAAGCAGAAGAACAAGGCUGCGGGAAGCGGGAAAGUCUUGGGGUUGAACGGCUGUGGGAGAGCUGCGAAGGCAGUUACCCCGCAGGAUGUUUGGAACGAACACAACGACGGGCACCCCAUGUCGAGAAUCCCUUACACGUCGGCGUUUUCUGUUACUGUUCCAGGAGCCAUUGCCGGGUGGUACGAUGCUUUUGAGACGUGGGGAUCGGGAAACGUUUCCUUUGCAGACAUUUUACAGCCAGCUGUCACGUUGGCCGAAGAGGGGUUCCCCGUUUCCGAAUUGUCGGCCAAGGCCUGGAGAAACUCGAUUGCCAAGUUGAAGAAACAAAACCCGGAUGCAAAGGUGAACCCAUUUAUCUUGGAGGGAGAAAGAGGCCCCAAUGAAGGGGAAUUUGUCAAGAAUUUGCCCGUUGCAGAAUGCUUGAAAUUGAUAUCCAGAGAAGGUAAAAAGGCCUUUUACGAAGGCCCGGUUGCAGAAGCAAUACUUGAAACUACAAGCAAAAGAAACCACAAGCUUGCAAAAGAAGAUUUCAAAAACCACACCUCUACAAUUGUCGAGCCAAUCAAAUUAGACUUUCAAGAUCACAAGGUGUGGGAGAUUCCUCCAAACGGACACGGGUUGGUUGCGUUGUUGGCAUUGGGUUUAAUCCAGGAGUUGCACAAUGAGGGUAAAAUCAACUUGCGCGAAUUGAAGCACAACUCGCCCGAGUAUUUGCAUGUUCUUAUCGAAGCAUGUAAGCUUGGAUUCCAUGACUCCGACGAAUAUGUUACUGACCCAACAUUUAAAGAGUUGCCAGUGACGGCGUUGCUUCACCCUCAUUAUUUGAAAACAAGAGCAAAGCACUUUGACAAGUCCAAGAUCAUUGAUGGAGAAACAAUGACACACGGUGUUCCCGAUCCCAAAUACAAAUCAGAUACCGUUUACUUUUCCGUCACCGACUCCAAUGGGGAAGCGUGUUCAUUUAUCAAUUCCGUUUACGAAGGGUUCGGCUCGGGUAUUUUGGUUGAGAAAUACGGCUUUUGCUUGCACAACCGUGGGUCAAAUUUCAAUUUAACUCCUGGUUUGUCCAACUGUUUAGAAGGAGGUAAGAGGCCUUACCAUACGAUAAUCCCGGGUAUGAUCACCAACAAGGAUGACUCCUUAUACGCGGCGUUUGGAAACAUGGGCGGGUUUGCCCAGCCGGUGUGUCACGUGCAGCACGUGUUGAACAUGGUAGUCUUUGGCAUGACGCCGCAACAGCUGCUUGACUCUCCCAGAUUUGUUUUGAAUUCUGAUAAUGACAAUCCUAAGGAUAGGGGCAGAGGAGCUGAUGGUCCCGUUAGGACACCCGUCACCAUCGUGCAGAUUGAAGAAGGGGUAGGUGAAGAGACGAUUCAGCAGUUGAAACACUUGGGUCACACAGUGGAGGUUUUGAAAGGGUAUGCACGACAAACUGUCGGGAGAGGUCAAAUCAUCAGAAAGGAAUCGUGCGGUGAGCAGUUGGUCUUUGCCGGUGGAAGUGACAUGAGAGGUGAUGGAGCUGCUGUUCCGUUUGUGUGA